CACUUACCCAACUGAAGCAACCUCGAGCAUAAGACUUCGGCAUCUGACAAGCAGCAAGCUGGAGAUGGUCAGAUUUACAAUCUACGCUGAAUCCGACUCGAAGGGGCAGCCCAUAGUGAAGAAUCCAAUAUUGCACGAUCGCAUCAAGGGUCGCCUCAAGAGCACUGAAAGAGGCAAGAAUCUCGAAGCCAGCAUUGAUUUCAAACAUGAGACUCAAACCAUGCUCGAAGUAAAGUCAUGGUACAGUUCUGUCAGAGAGGUAGCUCUCGUUUCUUCGAGCCAUUCACGGAGAUGCUGGACUUGUAUCAGGACCAUGCCAGUCUACCCCAUAUCAAGGUCGCCAUCAUCGACACAGGCGUCGACUCUAUGCACCAAGCACUCUCUGGGAACAUCAUCCGCGGCGCUUCGUUUGUGCCCUCCGGUGAAGGUCGGUCGUAUCCCUGGUUCACCGCGUCUGAUCCUCAUGGGACAUACAUGGCGGCUCUGAUACUGCAGGUCAACCCGUUGUGCGAUCUCUAUGUAUAUCGCAUAUCUGCUGGGUCUGUUAAAACAUCCCUCAUAACUCACGAAUCCGUUGUUGAGGCAAUUGAAGCCGCUAUCGCCGACGGUGUCGACAUCAUCAAUGCCAGCUGGUCUUUUGACAAGGACCACCAAGAGCUCAGAACGGCUGUUCGGAAUGCAACCACGGAAGCCUUCUUCUCCACAACCACCACCAACCAAAGGGCCCCCGUUCUUGUCUUCGCAGCGAAGUCGGACGAGAUGUUCGCGGGUGCCGUCUACCCGGCCGACUACGACAACACGAUCAGCGUCGGGGCCGCGACGAGCAGGGGCCGCGUGGGCAGCGAGUCCAACAAGAACGCGGACCUUAUCGUUCUCGGCGAGGACAUGCCGGCCUUUGGGCCCGCGUACUACGCAGCGUCCGACUCGGAAGGCCAGUACUCGGAGCGGAAGAAGCAGCGCGUGACGGGUUCGUCUGUGGCGACGGCACUGGCUACGAGGAUCGCGUCGCUGUUGCUCAUGGUGGCAAAAAAUAGAGACGAGCGCACAUGGGAGAGAUUCAAGUCAAGAGCGCGCAUGCUGGAUCUGUUCAUGAAGAUGCGCCCGGCGGUGGACAGUUCGCUGCGGUUUGUGGAUCCGCAGCAGCUCUUCAUGGCCAUCAAGACCAUUGCGGAUGGGGAGGGAGAGAGGGAGAAGCUGUCUGACUACUUGGUCAAACGGUCUGAGGGUGAAGAGUCUCCGUUCUUCUGAGAUAGCAACAGACCAAACUUUCAUACUAGUAUCUAUGGUUCAUGUUUCCACCUUCAAGCGACCCCUGAACGGACAUAGGAAUUGUGGGAUGCUUUAUAUGUGUUUCAAGCAACCCUCCUAGUUAUGAUACUAGUACAAUAACAGCUGAGAUUACCUUAGGUAGCGAGAAACACGACAAGUCCGCCCUGGCAGGGUAGGAUUAUA